GCCGACUUAACUAAAAUAGUAGUCACCCAAAACCAUGAUAAAUUAACGGCCCAUAUACGUUUAAUCCAACGGCGUAUAACUCAUACGCGUCAACUAGUAAGUAGGGCUUCCCCAUGAAUCCAUCCUUCCAUCUUAUCUCUUUCCUCUCCAAACUCUCUUUCAUAUUCGCCGUUUUCAUUUCAAAAAUCUACGUAUAAACUAAACAAUCACAUCGUAUACAAAUUAUAAUUACUUUUCCUUCAAUUCAAGAUGCAAUCAAGUACCAACGGUGCUGUGUCUGAUCCACAGCAACAACAAUCCCAGAACACUGCGGCGACAACGGCGGCGCCGGCGGUCGUGGGUGUGGGGCCACAGCAGCAGCAGUGGGUGGCGAUGCAGUAUCCGGCGGCGGCGAUGGUAAUGCAGCAUCAUAUGAUGGCGCCGUCACCGGGACAUUACCCCAUCGCUCCGAGCUACAUGCCGUAUCAUCCUCACCAUUUACAUCAUCCGGUGGCGCAACAGCCGCAGCAGGGUGGCGGCGGCGGCGGCGGUGGUGGUGGUGAGAAUAGGACGAUCUGGGUCGGUGAUCUUCAUAAUUGGAUGGAUGAGGAUUACCUGCGUAACUGCUUUGCUUCUACCGGCGAGGUUGCUUCAAUUAAAGUUAUUCGCAACAAACAAACAGGUUUCUCAGAAGGAUACGGAUUUGUGGAGUUCUUUUCACAUAACGCAGCGGAAAAGGUUCUGCAAACUUACACAUGCAUUGCUAUGCCUAACACAGAACAACCAUUCCGUUUGAACUGGGCCACAUUUAGCAUGGGAGACAAACGUUCAAACAACGGUUCAGAUCUUUCAAUAUUCGUAGGAGAUUUAGCUGCAGAUGUAACUGAUACUUUAUUACAUGAAACUUUUGCUAAUAAAUAUCCGUCUGUUAAAGCUGCUAAAGUUGUCAUCGAUGCAAAUACGGGCCGCUCUAAAGGUUAUGGUUUUGUAAGGUUUGGAGAUGAUGGUGAGAGGACUCAAGCCAUGACUGAAAUGAAUGGAACUUAUUGUUCAACCCGGCCCAUGCGUAUUGGCGCUGCUACUCCGAGAAAGUCAUCUGGUUACCAACAACAAUAUGGUUCACAAGGUGGUUAUAUAUCAAAUGGUGGCUCUCAUUCUGAUGGAGAUUCAAAUAAUACCACGAUCUUCGUGGGAGGGCUUGACCCGACAGUUAGUGACGAGGACCUUAAGCAGCCUUUCUCUCAGUACGGUGAAAUAGUUUCAGUUAAAAUACCCAUCGGUAAAGGAUGCGGCUUUGUACAAUUUGCCAACAGAAAUAAUGCUGAAGAGGCACUGCAGAAAUUAAAUGGCACCACGAUUGGCAAGCAGACUGUGCGACUUUCUUGGGGACGUAACCCAGCAAAUAAACAGAGAAACGAGUUUGGGAACCAAUGGGGCGGGCCAUACUACGGAGGGCACGUCUUUGAUGGGUACGAAUACGCGAUGACGCCACCUCACGACCCGAGCAUGUACGCUGCGGCAUAUGGGGGUUAUCCAAUGUAUGGCAUUCAUCAACAACAAGUAAGCUAGCAAAAUAUGAAGGUGAAAAAAGAAUUUAAUGAGGUGGAUAGCUAGCUAGCAUGAAUUAAGUUUAAAAAAAAUGGUGACAGAUUUGUAGUGUCUCUUGGGAGUGUAGAAUGCUCUCUCCUCCCUCUCAAUAUGGGGUGGUGGUUGAAUUUUGACUACAUGAGCUAGAUUUUUAGGGUGCUUUUUUUUAGUUUCUUAUGUGUGGGAUUAUUUAAUUUUACUCUUAAUAAACCAUAUCAUAACAUCUAGCUUAUAUGAUUA